CACUCCACAGUGGAGGAGAACUCGUAAAUCAAACUUACCCGGCAGGCUCACCAUGCUCCCGCUGCUGCUGCACACUCCUCUUCUGCUCAUCUGGCUGCUCCUGCUCCUCCCUGCCUCAGGGGGAAGCCAGCCUGCAGCAGCCCAACAGGGCCCACCGACACCCCUGAUCCUGGAGGCGGUGAAGAAGGGGAUCCUCAGCAAUCUGGGAUUGGAGAGAGAACCGAGGCCUGCCAUAAAAGCCUCCCAGAAGGAGCUGAAGAAGAUGUUCAAGCUCUACAGGGAGGAACUGAGCCAGAUGAGAAAAAACUCCAGCCGGUCAAAGAGGGAGAGCAGCAUAUCCACUGUGCUCUUUCCAGUGGAGCCUGUACAGGUGAGACGGAGGGGCGAUGAGCGACGCAUUCUUUGGUACCGCGCCGUUUUCCAAAAGGUCCGAAAAAUUCACCCUGAACUGAAUUUGGAUCGAGCUCUGGUGAGAGUGUCCAAGCAAGGCGCUGGAAGAUAUGUGAGUGUGAAAAUCAACGGGAUGAAGCCGACAUACUCUGCUAAGUGGCCCCAUCAAGACUCAGGGGCCCGAAGCCAUGUCUCCACCACCCAGGAUGUGACCUUAGACAUCACCCCUGAGGCAAAGAGGAACUGGACUGAUGACAAACCACUGGUUGUAGACGUACGGAUGGAAACAGAAAAGUCCGACUUAAACCCAGUUAUCACUUUGGAAGUGGACCAGAAGGAGUCUAUCGCUGCUCGCAGGGUGAGGCAUCGCCGCUCCAACAAGGAAGAUAACUGUGAUGAGCAAGGGCUGUGCUGCCGGAAGUCUGUGACGGUGUCCUUUAAAGACAUCGGCUGGACAGACUGGGUGGUGGCACCAGCUGAGUACACAAUGCAUUUCUGCGACGGCACCUGUCCGCACAACUACAAGCCGGCCAGCAUGCACACGCAGGUGAAGUCCCGCCUCCACCUGAUCACCAAGGGGGGGAUGCCGCGGCCCUGCUGCGUGCCGGCGGCCUACGAGCCCAUGGUGCUGAUGCACUACGACAGCCGGGGGAAGCUGAAGCUGACGGCCUUCCAUGACUUCAUCGUCACCAAAUGUCACUGCGCCUGAUGGCGGGAAAACAUGAAAAAGACUUUAUUGAUCCAUCCAUCAUGGCAUUUAAUCAAACACUACGAGAAAAUCUUAGUUCUUAUAAACGUGGUUUUCAUUACUUUAUGUUAAAACUUGACGAAAUAAAAGUGCAUAUAUUCACUACAUAUGAAACAAAGCUUAGUUUAACUAAAAAAAAAAGUAAAAAACAUGGGUAUUUAUUUAAUGUUUAUUUAUUGUUUGUAGUAUUUUAUCACUGUUGUGCUGUUACCCUAUUUUCUAUUGAUUUUAAUUGCACUGAAAUGUUUUAUUUUAUGCGACUUUGAUAUU